AUGUCUUAUAAUCCGCGAAUGAGCAUGGUCCCGAAUACUCAGCAGCAAAAUCGCGGCAGGAAGAAAGAAGAGGAAAGCGAUGCGUUUAUGCGCCUGCCCGACAAAGAAAUCGUAGGAUGCAUCAGUGAUAUUGGUGUUCCAUUUACGGUCGCAGACCUCCAGAAACCAAAUCCACUCCAAAUCCAAAUGAUCUUCGAAUGGUUUGCGGAACUUCUUGUGAACGCGACUCGCGAGACGGUCGAACCAGCAAUGCGCGCGGCAGCAGAAGAUAUCUGUGGAGAGUACAUGGAAAUAAUACCUGCCGAAGCGCGCAACCUUCUGGGGUUUUAUGGCAGUCUACGCAAGCUGCUGUACGAGUGUGGGAUUAAAGACUUUUCGUUCCAGGAUCUGUACAAGCCGACACAUGAUCGCCUGGUCAAGAUAUUCUCCUACAUCAUAAACUUUGUGCGGUUCCGAGAGAGUCAGACUGCAGUUAUUGAUGAGCAUUUCAACAAAGCUGAAAGGACCAAGGUCAGGAUUGAAACAUUAUACAUGGAGAACCAGGAUAUGGAGGCGCGCCUCGAGGAGAUGAAGCGCAAUCGAAAAGCCAUGGAAGCACAUAUCGCAGAAAAGAUGAGGCGCAACGAAGAGCUCAAGAAGCGGCUUCUUGAGCUUCGACAAAGUCAGGAGAAGGUCACUCGGCGCUUUGAAAACGUCAAAGCCAAGAAAAGUGAGAUGACGGCGAUAUUAGAGGACAAGACUGCUGCAACAAUCGCUUUGAGACAGGAAAGCGCCAAGUUGCGACCUUAUGUGCUGCAAUCACCUGCUGCACUUCAGGCCUCCCUGACCGAGCUGACAAAUGAAUUAAAUGCGGAAAAGGCCCAGAUCGAUGCCAUGGACCGCCGAGCUCGAGCACUGCAGACGUCGACAGAUACAUUUUCUAUCGUCACUUCAGAUGUAGCUUCAUGUAUAAAACUACUAGAGGAUAUCUCAGCCGAGUUGGCCAAGGAAGAAGAGGAGAGCAUACGUAUUUCGAAGCAGAGAGACGCACUGGGAGAUAAGAGCAACAAUGUCCGGGAGGUAGAAAGAACGGAAUCAUUGCUGCAGCGCCAAUUGUCGAAGUGGAUGGAGCGAACGGAGAAGCUCCGAGAAAAUAGCAGGGAGAAGGCCUUGAGCGCGAAGGAGAGAAUGGAGGAGUUGAGAGCAGUGCAUAGACAGCUGACGGAAGAGCGGGCCGAAAAGGGAAGAGAAAUGGAGAAGAGGAGAGUAAGGAUAGAGCAGACGGAGAAAAAGAUGGGGGAUUUGAAGGAGAAUAUCGAAAACGAGAUUCAUAAUGCGAAGGAGGAAUUCCUGAAGAUGGACUCGCACAUCAAACUGUACAUUACAGAGAUGGAACAGUCCAUGUGA